GCUGCCUUGCUUGGCUUUGGCUGGCCACCAGCGGUCCGUCAUCGUCUUGGCUUGGCUCCGUCUCCACCACAUCCCUCCUCUCUUCCUCGUCUCCUCUCGUUCUUGCUCAUUCCCUUCCACUCUCUGCACAGCACAGAGCAGCACAGCACAGAAGGGGAAGGAUGGCUGCCUCCGUGUCAUCCGGGCUGCGAGCUCUUCCGACAUGGUCGAGCUCUGUCUCCGGUGACGACCACCUGGCCAUGUCGUCGGUGUCGAUGCGGCCCCGGUCGGCACGGCCUCUUCGGACACCCACGAGGAUGGGCAACGUAAACGAGGGCAAGGGCAUCUUCGCGCCCCUGGUGGUGGUGACGCGCAACAUCGUCGGACGCAAGCGCUUCAACCAGCUCAGGGGGAAGGCCAUCGCGCUGCACUCCCAGGUGAUCACCGAGUUCUGCAAGACCAUCGGCGCCGACCCGAAGCAGAGGCAGGGAUUGAUUCGGCUCGCCAAGAAGAACGGAGAGAAGCUCGGAUUCCUUGCCUGACUCCCCCUUCCCCUCUUAUCUUCUUCUCUACUAGCACAAGGGAAUUAUCGACUACUCUUCUAUCCUUCCUUGGAGAUGGAGAUGCAUAUUCAUGUAUACUAGUUUUCUGUUCUGGAGACGGAGCAACUACUUGAAGCAACACUGAGUUCAGUUAACUUUUCAGUUCAAACUGGAUGGAUGGAUAGAUGAUGUAUCCUCUACGGAGUAGCAUCAUACAUAUAUAUCAUGUUUAUCUGCGUCCACGUAUUUAUGAAAUGCAAUGGUACUAGAUAAUGGGUAUUUUCCCGAUAAA